AACGAAUACAUGAAGAUCAAUGAUGAGGCCAGACAGUUGAAGGUUGAAAAUUCUAAACUUUUUUUCCAAUAUGCUUGCGCAGAGACUUCUCUCGCCAAAUAUAAAGCUGAAUGUUAUGCAAAAUCGGAAGAAGUGAAAUUGCUUCAAUCUUGGUGGCGAAAAAAUAAUGAGCCAGAGAGCUCUAGUGCUUCUUCAGAACAAAUCAUACCCACUACUAUUUCUAAAGAAAAAAUUUCAUUAGGUG